UAUAUAUAUAAAAUAAUAAUAUGCAGUCUACCAUGCCUUCUUUUGCGCCCGACACGCCACAGCCUUACUUCUAUCCACCGACCAUACCAGAGAAUCAUCGAUCCAAUCCAAAUUCUCGUCGAACGUCUACCGCCACAACGAAUAACAACACUUCUCCCAGUCGAUCUUCUCGCUCGAUGCGAGACCGAAGACGUAGUUCGGGAGCCAUUUCAACGCAUUCUUCACAGAAACCGAAAAAAUGUAUUGGAGAUUAUGUUGUUGGUAAAACACUUGGCAAAGGUGCUUCAGGCCGAGUCAAGUUGGGUGUUCAUAGACAUACAGGAGAACAAGUUGCUAUAAAAAUUAUUAGUAAAGCUCAUUUAGCCGCUAAUCCAGCGAUUGAAAAAGCCGUACGACGUGAAAUUGCAAUUAUGAAACUUAUUCACCAUCCUAAUGUCAUGUCUUUGAUUGAUGUCAUUGAUGAUCCAGCUUCUUCCGACUUAUAUCUUAUUUUAGAGUAUGUUGAAGGUGGAGAACUAUUUGAAUAUCUUGUGAGUAAAGGACGCCUUGGUGAAGCGGAAGCUCGACAUCAUUUCCAGCAAAUCAUUUUAGGUUUAGAUUAUUGUCACCAUCAUUUAAUUUGUCAUCGUGAUUUGAAGCCAGAAAACUUGUUAUUGAAUUCAAGAAAUAGUAUCAAGAUUGCUGAUUUUGGUAUGGCUUCGCUUCAACCUUUAGGUUCCAUGCUCGAGACAAGUUGCGGAUCUCCACAUUAUGCAAGUCCUGAAAUUGUUGCUGGUAUGCCUUACAAUGGUUCGUCCUGUGAUAUUUGGUCAUGUGGUGUAAUUCUUUAUGCUUUAUUGACCGGACAUCUUCCAUUUGAUGAUGAGAAUAUUCGACAAUUAUUAAAAAAGGUCAAGUCGGGUAAAUACGUUAUGCCAGACAAUAUAUCUCGUUCAGCUCAAGAUCUUAUCCGACGUAUCUUGGUCGUUGAUCCUUCUAGAAGAUUGAAUAUGCAACAAAUCAUGGCCCAUCCAUGGUUUUGUGAAACCGAACCCAUCAAUAUGACGGUGUUACCUGUCCCACCUACAGAAAAAGAGAUCGGCCAACCUGUAGCUGAUGCAUCCGAGAUCGAUGAUCGUAUCUUGGAAACCAUCAAGUUCUUAUGGGGAGAGACAAGUAAUGAUACGGUUAUCAACGCAUUGGUUCAAAAAGAACAUAAUAUGCAGAAAGUAGUCUAUGUUUUACUGCAGCAACAUGCUGAAAGGUAUUGGCAGGCGGAUCACGACGAUGAAAGUGAAGAUGAUACGGAAGAUACAUAUUCAGAUGCUCCUCGUCGUCGUUACCGCACCAUUGGACACCGAACGGAGAGAGAUAGAAGAUGUUUAUCGAUGGUAGAUACCAAUACAGUCACCUCAGCAUCCUCUAAAAAGAGUCCUGCUGCUGCAGCAGCAGCAGUUGGAAAUCGACCCGUUGCUCCUUGGAUGCCUUCUGAUUCUAUGCCAUCCUCACCCACUUUAUCCAAUCGAAAUGAUGUCUUACGUCGUAACUCGGCCGCUACAGUGAAAGCUGAAAGAUCACCUGCCUUUGAUGAUUUACCAGCCAAUCCACCUUUACCGAACAAUGAAAACAUGUCUGAGGAAAAACGGUCCAAGAUGAAGAAGAGUGAGACAUUUUAUGCUCGAUUUGUCAAGAAUGUUUUGACAUCAGGUCGCAGACAAAGCAAAGAUACAAGGAAUACUGCAGAACAACCUCCUUUUGGUACACCCACAAGUGAGACAGGUACAACCGCUCCUCAGUCAACAAGUAAGCCUAUUGCAGCCACGCUCGUUGGCACACUUCGACGCAAGAACCCCUUCCAACGUGCACCUAUCAAUACGACGGAUUUUGCCAUCUCACCCAGUUCGAUGAACGAGGAACCCGUCUCACCUGUGGUCCCGCCCAAAUCUACGCUUCGUCCGACCAGCAAUAUUUUACAGCGAAAUAAGAUUGAUCCUGCGGAUGAAGAGGACGAAGAAAUUGAGAUGGUGGUGGAAAAUCAUCGUAAAUCCAAUAAGUCUGCUACCUUAAGUUCCAAGCGACUCUCACUUCGAUUACCCAAUGCUUUCCGUACCAGUAGUCAUAAGGAGGGUGAUACUGUCAGCUCGAAAAAAUUUGGGUUCACAUUGGGGUCGAAUUCUCGUAAGCAAAGAAAGCAGCUGGACCUGUCACUUUUCGAGACAGAGCAGCAAAUGAAGGCUGAAGAGCAGGAGGAGAUGCCUCAGAUCGAUUCUCGUCUGGUACCACCACCAAUUUUAUGUGAUGUCAGCAACAAUAAAGGUAUGCCGCCUACGUUCAAGACGGUGAUGCACAAGUCAUCGAAUCCCAAUGUAUUUGCAUCGGGUACACCUCGUAGACCCAGUCAAGCUUCGUUCAAGUCCAUUGACCGUCGUGGUAGUAACAUUAGUAGCUCUACGUUGGGUCAACAACAACAGCAACAACAGAAUCGACCCGCUACACCCAGUUUGCUUUCGAAUAGUUCGACCAUUAACUCUCCUGUUAUAUCCCAUCAUGGCAAUAUCCCAUCGCAGCCUGCUAAAUCGUCUUGGUUAAGCAACUUGUUUAUCUUUAAACAACCCAAGGUGUGUUCGCUUGUUGUUUAUAGUACGCAUACGGCUGGUAUUCUCAGAUCCUUGCAUCGCUUGAUGAAUACAGCAACAGAAGCACGGUUUUACGAGAAGCCUGACCGUACAGGUGUGAUUCGUUAUAAGGCUGAAAUCAAGACAAAGCCCACGGAUGGAUCCAAAGUACGUCAAGUGAAAUGCCGAAUUGAUUUAAUCAUGUCUGAUUUGGACCCACAAAGUUGUGUAGUUCAAUUUACACAACAACAAGGUGAUGGAGUACUUUUGAACACGACAGUUCAACAGCUUCAUGAAGCUAUUUUAAAAGAAUAUCCUUGUCCUUCCAAUAUUAUUCUUUCUUCAGAUUCGUAUAAGGAAAUGAAUUCGGAAAUGACUUCGGGUACUUUGGUUGAAGAAUAUUAGUGUCCCCCUUUCCUUUUGAUAUAAUAAAUACUUAAUACUUACUACUACUUAA